AUGCCUGGCCCACUACACCGGGGCCCCGGAUUACUGGAGGUCAAGCUCGGCUGGGCAUACCGUCUGGAUCUACCAGAUGAGUGCGAACAAUGGCGACUGUAUGCGAUCACCUCAUACGAAGGCACCCAGGAGUCUACCGAAGCGCUGGCUAUCUCCUCCGAGAAGAAGUCUGUUUCCUGGAUCGCUUGGCACCAGCCAUUUCGGUUUGAGGUCUCUGCCUCUCCAUCUCGGGAUUUGACGAUCUCCGUAUUUGCGAGAGCCUUGUGCGAGGGGUCUGAAAAUCAAGUCAUCUCGCUAGGACUCAUCACACUGGACCCGUUCUCGCUCGCCUCGGAAAUGCAAAAGCUGGAUAUACAGAAUGGCACGGGGAAAAUGGAAGUCCAGGUUUUGUACACGCAGAAGGAGCCGUCUUCCCUCGAGGCGAGGGAAGUUUGGGAUAUUCUUGGGGAAAACAGUGCUGGCCUUAUCUGUGUCGAGAAGAAAGACACAGGUCGAUCCUAUGGCAUGGAGACCAUUGACGUCCGGAGCACUGCCGUUGAUACGGAGACCCUCCAAGCUACCAUCGAGCACCCAUUUAUCGCACCUCUCAAGUUUGUUUUCAGAGCCGAUCCCCAGCUGAAACUCCUUUCGCCGCUGUCUAGCGGGGGAUAUCUUUUCGACCAUCUGCAAAGAGAGCGAAUAUUCGAUGUUAGCAAAGCUAGAUUCUACGCUGCAGAGCUGGUUUGUAUCUUGGAAUUCUUGCAUGGCAGGAAUAUCGUUCUCGGGUCUCUGGAGGCAGAGAAUAUAUUACUUGACGUGGUCGGGCAUAUCAGUUUAUGCAAGCCUAGCCUUUACAGCUUGAAGUUAUCAUCAGCUGGAGGAGAUGAAGAUUGCAUUUGCCCUGGCACGUCCCAGUAUCCACCACCUGAAACCAUCCUAGAUGACAAGGUGUCCCGAGCUGGCGACUGGUGGGCUCUAGGAAUCAUCCUCUCUGAGAUGUUGAUGGGCCUGCCGCCAUUCUAUCACAAGAACGAUACAGACAGGCGGCGAAAAGUCCUUCACCAAGAGCUCCAACUACCUGAAAGCAUGCCCUCCACCGCGAGGGACAUUCUAGCCGGUCUCCUUCAUAAAGACCCCGCUCGACGCUUAGGUGGGAAUGGAGUCUCCGAGAUAAAGGCUCACCCGUUCUUUGAAGAUGUGAACUGGGACGGAUGUGUCCCGGCAAACCAUGCAACUCCUUUCAAGCCUCACGGUAUUACGGUUCACCUCCGGGGCGAACUCCAACCCAAGCAGCCUUCCAGAGCUUCAAAUAACGAAUUUCGGGUCAAGGAGGGAGAGGUGUACGAGCAGCUAGGGAGCGAUGAUUGGCCUUUAUGGAUACCGAGGGGCCAGGUUAUAGACAAGAACGGUCCAGUCUCAAUAGAGACCAGGGAGAACGAGGAAUGGGAGCUCGUGCAGGACCCAGCAGAUGAAGAGUUCUAUUUCUGGAACCGCCUCACUGGCGAAAGGGUCCUGGCCUGCCACGAAUCAUUUACGCAAGCGUUAACUGGACAAGCCCUUCCCAGCAUACGCAAGCAGGCAGCACUCGCAGCCGCCUUGCAAGCUGGAUACAAGCAGCAGGUAUUCUCUCAUCUCCUCAGGUACGGGGUCGAUUUGAACGUCCACAUCCUCGACCAUGACGAAACGAUCAACAAAACAACCCCCGACGGCAUCGAGUACAAGCCCGACAUCCUAAACAUCAUACCCGUAACACCACUAGAAUGGGCAGUCGAGCACAAAAGAAUCGACCUCGCCACCCUCUUUCUGGACAACGGCGCAGACCCAAAUUACACCGUCGCCCGCCGACACGGACCCGCGCUGAUCAAAGCAGUGAAGCAGAGGGCCCAGGAUCUCAUUGAGAUCCUCGUGCAUCGAACAGACCGCGUCUCCUGCACCCGGGCCCUCGGCCGGGCCGUCGAGACGGGCGACCUCACAAGCGCCACUACGCUCCUCGCACACGGUGCGCUUUGUGACUUCAAAGAAGGCGAUCGCCCUGCCCCGCCUCAUCCCUGGUAUCACGAUUACGACUCGCUGCUAUACCGGACGCUCGAAGCGCCGGACUUGACUCCGCCUCUUGUCCGCGCUGCAAGGACAGGCAAUGCGCGUGUGGUCGAGCUCCUCCUGAGCCACGGCGCCGAUGUCAACGCCGCGUAUCAUGACCUUGGUGGCCUUGAAAACGAGACUGACACCCGGGACUCGGCGAUCCCAGCGUCUUUUCCCUGUGGCCGAGUUGUUUAUCUGGCGAUGGAGAUGGGGCAUAUUGAGGUAGUGAGGUUGCUUGUUGAUGCUGGUGCUGAUAUUGAUCUGGAACAUUGUUUCUGGCGGGUUUUGGGACAUACGUGUGUGCCUGCGCCGAGGUCGGUGUAUCUUGGGGUUAGGGCUGGCUUGGAAGCAGCGGUGGUGGAAAGAACAGCAAUAGUGAGGAUGACUUGA